GAAAGCCCUCAUAGUUUAAUGUUUGCUUAAGGACUUCAGCAUCUACAAGUGCAGACAUGGACCAGAUGAAUUCUGAAAGUGAUGUGAGAAUUGGUCACUCUCUGAGUGAAGCAGAGAGGCAGCAUUUGGCCCAAAGGAGAAAAACUGUUCUACAAUGCCUGAAGCACCUUGGAAUAUCCUGCAGUGAGGAUAAGAUGCCUAACAUCGCAGUGCUGGGCUCUGGAGGUGGUUUGAGAGCUAUGAUUGGACUGCUGGGGUCACUGUGUGAGCUGAAAAAAGAUGGACUGCUGGACUGCAUCAUGUACCUGUGUGGAGUUUCAGGAUCUACCUGGUGCAUGGCAUCAUUAUAUAAAGAACUGGGCUGGUCCACCAAACUGGAGACUGUGAAAGAAAACAUUGUCAAAAGGCUUGCUGACGGCAGGGUCAGUUUUUUGAAGCGGGGUCUAAAACUGACAAAAUAUUAUUCAGAAAAAGACAAUUUCAGCCUGACGGAUGUGUGGGCAGCACUGAUUGUGUCUCACAUGGUGAAAGAGAUUGAUGAACACAGACUCUCAGAGCACAGGGGCAACUACACCAAGGACCCGUAUCCCAUUUACACUGUCAUUGACAAGCAGUGUAAAUAUGACAAACUGAAUGCAGAUCCUUGGUUUGAGAUCACUCCAGAUGAGUCAGGUUAUUCUCUCACUGGAGCCUUUGUGGAUUCCUCCUAUUUGGGAAGUCAGUUUGAGAAUGGAAAGAAAAUGUCUGAUCAGCCUGAGACUGACAUGCUGUACCUACAAGGUCUAUGUGGCAGUGCCCUCGCAGAUAUGGAAGAGAACCUUAAGUACCUCUAUGAGGCACUAAAACACCUAAUUACAGACAAAAUAGGAAGCAAAGAAGAGAGUCACGAACCACAAACACCAGAUGUGAGCAGUAGUAGCAAGGUGCUCUUAACACUUGUGGAACUGAAUCUUUGUGUGUUAAGAAAGGAGGAUCCUACAGUUUACCUCCAAGCCAUAAAGAAGCUGCUGAAAGAUGGUGAAGCAGGACAGAGGACUUUUUCGCUAGUGAAGCGGAUGACAUCAGAAGAGACGAUCUCCAAAACAGAGUUGAAGGAUUUAAACCUGCAAGUAUGCAGUUCUGUCAAUCAAACUUUUGAGGCGCAGAGAUUUGGGGAUCAAUUUUGGCCUGCCAUUGUGAAAGCCAUCGAGAAAGCUACACAUUGGAACUGGGGUACGACUUAUGACUACCUCUACAAAAUGAACGUGGAAGACGUCCAUUCCAGUGUCCUUGACUCAGAGAAGAGAGAAUAUGAAGAUGCUGGACUGUUACUCAACUCACCUUAUUUCUCAGUGCUGAGAAAAGAACGAGACAUCGACCUCAUCAUUUCUCUUGACUACAGUGCAGGAAAUCCCUUUGAGACGGUGCUUCGUGCUGCUAAAACAUGCAAAGAACUUCACAUUCCUUUCCCUGAAGUUGUUGUACCAGCUGAAGAUAGAGAACCACAGGACUUCUAUGUGUUUAGAGGACACAGCAAAGCUCCAACUGUGAUCCACAUGCCUCUUUUCAAUGCUGUCAACUGCAAAGGAGAAGUUCAGAAGUGGAAUAACACAUAUUCCACUUUUCAAAUGAGCUACUGUCGUGAAAUGAUCACAGCUCUUAUGAAGAAAGCAGCUGAAAACAUCAAAAACAACAAACACAAACUGCUCAAGGAGAUUCAAAAUGUCAUAGAUGGGAAGAAAUCUUCCAAGCUUGGAUAAAUCCAACUGAUGUGUGAAGAAAAAUCACACUUCAAAAAAUCUACAUUCUUUAAAAAUGUUCCAAAUAUCAGUCUUUUUGGACCUGAUUAGUCAGUAGGUUCUUUUCAUGUGUUGGACAAAUAACAAAUAAUAAUCAUUUUGGGUGUAUCUGGCUUAUAUCUGCUUCAUAAUAUCAGCUUUGGGUGCUUUUGUCUAUCAUUUUGAUUUCACUUUGUUUCACUGGGAUUGAAAUCUGAAAGAACUGAAAGUGUGGAAUGUGUCUUUCUUGCCUUUGAGAUCAUAAAAUCAUACAUGAUUUCUAAACAAAACAAAAAAUAUUAAAAUUAACUCAGUAAUUUCAUAUCAAGCAAAAAGAGUUUCUUUUUCUUCCUCAUGUUUCUUUUUCUUUCUCAAUAUCUGUGAGUCCUUUAUUGCAUAAGGUAUGUACAGCAUAUGUCUGGGGUUGUGUUUGAAUUGACUUUUCACAUUUACUUUAUGCCGGGCUUUAUUUAUGUUAACUAUGUUAAUGAUCAAUAUCAUAUCAAUGUAGUAACCACAUACUAACAAAUAGUGUAAUGAUCAUUAAUGAUCCCCUGCUCUAGCCAUACACUUUGUCUCACCCCUGCCCUACCAGUGCUCUUCUCCUUCUGUUUCAACCAUUGGCCUUUCAAGUAUUCUGAUGAGAGCUAUUUGUAUAGUGAGGCAGGGGGGAGUUGAGGGGGAAGCAUGAGAUAUGCGCUGGCUCAGCACGAGGUAAGGGGAAGUGUCGGUUCAUCUGACAACUGUAAGGGGGGGGGGGUUUAAAUCUAGGGCGUGUAAAUCUAACCACUAAAGGUACAAAAGCAAGAUACGCUGAGUAUACUUUGAGCAUUUGCAUCUAGACUAUGUUCUGUGUGUUAUUGCUCCCUUGCUGCAAGAAUACAAGAAUAAAGACUUCAAAGACA